CAGAAUGGCAGCCAGUCAUAAACAGCUUAUUUAUCUUUGCAAUAAUCAGCCGCCGCGAGCGCUUGCGACGUACAAGAGAUCGUACUAGGGCUUCAAGUUAGUGCAAAUAAAAGUCUGCGAUUAAUAUUACGGCUCUAAUUGCAACUUUACAUUUGUUUCCUCGUACAAUUAAACGUAAAAUUGCAGAUGAUCAAUGUUGGAAGGAUGGUAUUGCAGAUCUAUUGCCAACAACAAUGCAGAUGCAGAAGAGGAAGAAGAUGAAGAUAGUCCUGAGGAAGAAGUGCCUAACUAUAAGGACCAGUACCGAAAUCUUAAACGAAAACUAAAGUUUCUGAUUUAUGAGAAUGAAUGUUUCCAGGAAGCCCUACGCUCCACACAGAGGAAACUGCUAAAGGUAAACAGAGACAAGAGUUUCUUGUUAGAUCGCUUAUUGCAAUAUGAAAAGGUAGACGCAUCAUUUAGUGAGAGCGAUGAAACCGAAUCAUCGGACGAGGAAAUUAUUCGAAUCGACAAUUCCAAGAGGAAAAAAGUUGAGAUCAACAUCAAUAAUCACACUUCUCAUCAUUCGACGAUGGUCACAAAACCGCUUAGCACUAGUAAGAAGAAAAAGAGCGCGCCAAAAGUUGCUAAAACCAACAAUACACCUAUAGUACAAUCCUCGAAUAACAUAGUUCCAAUACCUCUGAUGUCUGAUGGACACAUGACGCCGGAGGAAGUAGAGAGACACUUGGAAUCUCGUCAGACAUAUCUGGAACUAGUGCCAGAGAAAGCACCACCUACAGUUCCAACGGAAAUGUUCAGUAACGAUCCUUCCUUGGAUAGCGAAUCGAACGAAAUUGGAGAACUCGAGACGUCUCCUAGUAACAUGGGUGAGGAUUGUCUCAGUGUAGACAUGAUGGCAGAGUGAUAAACUUCGUUUAUAGUUUAUUUAGUUAAUUACUACAAAAAAUGCACAUAGAAUUACAUCUUUCUUUAAGGUUAUUUCGAAUUUUGACUAACGCAUUGUUUCUGUCCGACUGUAUCCACUAUAUGUAAUACAAAUUUUUAUACACGCAAUUAUC